UUACAGCAAUUCCCUACCAAAAACAAAUAUAGCUCUCACAACAAAAACAAGAACAACCUCUCUCUCUCUCUCUCUCUCUCUCUCUCUCUCUCUCUCUCUCUCUCUCUCACUCUAAAACAUGCAGAGGCAAUCACUGGGUUCUUCUCCCUCUUCGAAGCUCCUGAAAGAUGAAUCCCAAUCUUCUUCAAUUUCACCACAAACUGCUGUCUACGGAGAGGAAUGCGAGCUCAAGAAGCUCAACCCCAAAACCGCCGCGCCUCACUCCUACAUUCACCUCAUUCCUCUUCUCACCCUCCUCUGUUUCCUCAUUCUCUAUCUCUCUUCCCACAACCCCUCUCUCAACGAAUUCAAUGGCGUGAAGACCAUUUCUGACCCUGCUGAAAAUAUUUCGGAAUUGCUACGAAUAUUGGAGAUUCAGAAAGGAGAUACAUUGGCCGUGCGGAGCUUGAAGAACUUGAAGCAGGAGGCCAAGCAGCGGCGCCUCCACCGCAAAAUCCCUCAUUUUUAGCCGUGACAAAUUUACAACAUGUGGAUUUUGAUUUUGACUACCGUCGGUGGCAUUUUUUUGUCGUCUUAAUUUCUACUGUGAAUUUAUUGGCGAUUAUAACUAUUUGUACACGUGUAAUUAUUCGUUGUGCCUAUCUAGUAUGAACAGUAAAUUUUCUAUGCAGGUGGAUAUAAUUUGAGAGCAACAUUAUAUGAAAAGACAAGGGAAAUACUAGUUGUUUAAUAUUGGAAUCU